AUGGAGCCCGAGGAGCGGAAGAUCUCGGUGUGGAUCUGCCAGGAGGAGAAGCUGAUCUCCGGGCUCUCCCGGCGGACCACCUGCUCGGACGUGGUGCGGGUGCUGCUGGAGGACAGCCACCACCGGCGGCAGCGCCCGGCGCCGCCCGAGCCCGCCGGCGGGAUGCUGUCGGGGCCGCCGCACUCCUACUGCAUCGUGGAGAAGUGGCGCGGCUUCGAGAGGAUCCUGCCCAACAAGACGAAGAUCCUGCGGCUCUGGGUGGCGUGGGGGGACGAGCAGGAGAACGUGCGCUUCGUGCUGGUGCGCAGCGAGGCUUCGCUGCCCAACGCCGGGCCGCGCAGCGCCGAGGCGCGGGUGGUGCUGAGCAAGGAGCGCCCCGGCCGCGGCCUGGGGGCGGCCCGCGCCAGCCUGGCGCUCACGCAGGAGCGGCAGCGGCGGGUGGUGCGGAAAGCCUUCCGCAAACUGGCCAAGAUCAACAAGAAGCGGCAGCAGCCGCUGGCCCGGGAGGCCUCGUCGGCGGAGAGGAUGGAGACGCUGGUGCACCUGGUGCUCUCGCAGGACCACACCAUCCGACAGCAGAUCCAGCGGCUCCGCGAGCUGGACCGUGAGAUCGACAGGUACGAGGCCAAGAUCCACCUGGACCGCAUGAAGCGGCACGGCGUCAACUACGUGCAGGACACCUACCUGGUGGGCACGGGCGAGCCCGAGGCGGGCCGGGAGCCGGGCCAGCCCGCCGCCGGCCGCCCCGAGGAGGACUACGCCAGGAAGUGCGAGGAGGUGCUGCAGCUGCAGGAGCAACGGGCGCAGCAGGAGGAGCUGCUGGAGCACCUGGCCGCCGAGAUCCAGGAGGAGCUCAACGAGCGCUGGAUGAAGAGGCGGCGGGAGGAGCUGGAGCUGGCAGCGGGGCCCGGGCUGGCCGACACGGACUGCGACACCACGGAGCUGAGCGGCGGCGAGGGCGAGCUGCACCUGGAGCACGAGCGGGUCAAGACCCAGCUGAGCACCAGCCUCUACAUCGGCCUCAAGCUGAGCACGGACCUGGAGGCCGUCAAGAGCGACCUGGACUGCACGCAGCGGGCGUGGGAGGACAAGGAGCGGGAGCUGCAGCGGCUGCUGGAGACGCUGGGCACGCUGGACGUGGCGGAGGCGGCGGCGGAGCCGCGCGGGGCGGCGGGCGGGGGGCGGCCGGCGGCGGCGGGGGGCGGCUGGGUGGAGCAGGCGCGGGCGCUGCGCAAGGACCGCGCCGACAACGACGAGGACUCGGACACGGGGCUGAGCUCCAUGCACAGCCAGGACUCGGACUCGCUGCCCGUGUGCGAGUCCCUCGUGUAG